CCAAAAUCCUCGAACGGCACGAAUCACCACGUAGAUCAGGAACAACGGGAGGAAUCUAUAGAAAGAAAAGACAUUGAGAACUUCCACAAGGCCGAUCGAACGUGUACUGAGUCAACCUUAUUUUCACCAUCGAGUCACCAUAGUAAAUCCUUCACUUCCUCCGGGUGGACUCUAGCAAAUGAUCGCAUCACAGGCGGGAAAAUGGGUAUUCGAAUAGACGCCGUUGGAGAAAACCGAUGCUUUUCCAGCGAUAGGAGUUCGCUCGUAGGAAAUCAGGGAAGCAAUUUCACAUCGAAAUUUCCGAAAUCGCCAAUACCUUUCUCUCUCGCCGGAGGAAAUAUUUCUAUUCUUGCAAGUGGAAUUCUUACGACCACUGGGAAACGAAAUCCGUACUGA